AUGCACAGUCUACCGGUGUUAAGGAAAGAGGGCGAGAGACCUGAUGGUAACACCAGCAAGAAGGAGGCACUUAAAACAGAAACGGACUGCGCCUACGAAGCACUCGCUCACCAAAUAUCUCAAAUGACAGCUGAGGAAGCCGCAGUCUUUCUACGCCCCACACCUAAGCGCUAUAAGACGAAGACUAGACGGAAGCGGGGUAUUCAAAUCAAGGACCUCAUUAACCACGCUAGGAAGAAUACGGAAGAUUACCCCCUAAACGCCCCUUCGACCAUAGAAUCCUCCUUAUACCAGGAAAGUUACCCACUAAGGCUCCCAUUUACAAAAUGCCACCAGAUCACAUGCUUCAUCACUCUCAAGAGAUUCAGCGGCUCUGCGCCUGAGGGACAAAGCCGAUUGUUGUGUACUAUUUUAGCAUGCUCAGCAAAGACAAGGGACCGGACGCGGAACGAUAACCGACCGAGGGACAACAACGAGCUGGAGGACACGGAAGAAUCACCUGCCUACGAAGCACUCGCUCACCAAAUAUCUCAAAUGACAGCUGAGGAAGCCGCAGUCUUUUUACGCCCCACACCCAAGCGCUAUAAGACGAAGACUAGACGGAAACGGGGUAUUCAAAUCAAGGACCUCAUUAACCGCGCUAGGAAGAAUACGGAAGUGAUGAAAGGAGCGACUGAAGGACUGAACUGCAUCAUCAUGGUACCAGAAACGGGAGUCGUCUUAGACAAGCACGAACCAACUGAGGGACAAAGCCGAUUGUUGUGUACUAUUUUAGCAUGCUCAGCAAAGACAAGGGACCGGACGCGGUACGAUAACCGACCGAGGGACAACAACGAGCUGGAGGACACGGAAGAAUCACCUUGGCCCAACGCCAGAUUAGAAUUUACCGAGUUUGAUAAGUGGAUUGAGAGCGAAGAAGCCCGCGAAUUACCUCUACCGGUAGCUCAUCUAUUGAGACAAUAUCGACUGCUGUUUCCCGAUAGCCUUCCCAACGGAUUACCACCUAAACGCCCCUUCGACCAUAGAAUCCUCCUUAUACCAGGAAAGCUACCCACUAGGGCUCCCAUUUACAAAAUGCCACCAGAUCACAUGCUUCAUCACUCACAAGAGAUUCAGCGGCUCUGCGCAAAGGGGUGGAUCGGACCUACCUAUUCGCCAAUUUGCGCGCCGACAAUAAUGGUAGACAAAAGAGAUGACGGCUCGGGCACAAGAAAGAUGCGAAUGGUGGUAAAUUACCAAGCACUCAAUUCCUUGACAAUCGCUACAGAGUUCCCCAUGCCAUGUAUACAGACGGUAAUGGAAUUAAUAGGCGGCGCCUCCUAUUUCUCAACUUUAGAUCUCGAAGCGGGCUUUCAUCAGAUUCGAAUGGCGCGGGAGGAUCGCUGGAAAACCGCGUUCCGAUCUAUACAGGGCCUAUUCGAAUACAAGGUGAUGCCGUUUGGCUUAAAGGGGGCGCCAGCCACCUUCCAAGCAAAUAUCAAUGCCUACCUACAACCACUUCUUGGACACGGGGUCAUUGCGUAUAUAGACGAUGUGUUGAUAUACAGUAAAACGCUGGAGGAGCACACCCAGAUAUUACGGCAAGUCCUCGAUAUUUUCCUCAAGCACCAAUUCUACCCAAAGUUUAUCAAAUGCAGGUUCGCCAAACGGGAAUUAACAUACUUAGGUUAUACUAUAGGCAAUGACGGAAUUAAACCGGCAGCGGACAAAGUCGAGGCAAUCCAGCAGUGGCCGGAAACCCUAGCCAACGAGACGCAGGUGCGUCAAUUCCUGGGCACAGUGAACUACUGUAGAAUGUUCAUGGGGCCGAGAUACGCGGAUCUCGCCCGGCCCCUAAUCGAACUUACGCGCAGGAACGCACCCUUUGUCUGGACGGAAGAGCACAGUAAAGCAGUCCGACAACUCAAACAACGUCUUUCCGAAUUUACGAUAUUGCAAGUUCCGAAUCCUACUAAACCUUUUAAGCACAGUAAAGCAGUCCGACAACUCAAACAACGUCUUUCCGAAUUUACGAUAUUGCAAGUUCCGAAUCUUACUAAACCUUUUACCCUUUAUACGGAUGCGUCUGGCUAUGCAGUAGGAGCUGUACUAGAGCAAGACAACAAACCAGUCGGUUUCCUUAGCCAAGUAAUGACCCCAACCCAGCAAAAGUAUUCAAUCUACGAUCAAGAAUUGUUGGCACUCAUAUCGGCGUUAGACAAAUGGAGACACUUAUUGCGCGGUGCGAAAGUUACGGUGUACACGGACCACCAGGCCCUCACCUUCCUCCAACGCUUGAGCUCACAGAAGCCCUUGCGGGGCAGAACUGCACGUUGGCUGGAUUUCCUUGCGGAAUUCUCAGAUCUCACUAUCACCUACCUCCAGGGAGCGAAGAAUAAGGUGGCAGACGCGCUGUCUCGGCACCCUCGGCACGGUAGUGGGGAGCCUAACAGAGUAGAAAAUAUACUCGCUACAAUGGUUCAACAGCAAGGGACCUCAGCAGCACAGCCUCGUUACUCGACUCGGCUUGUCACGGGGUCGGCGUCACAUCCGGACUUUCGAGCGAUGAUAGGGCGGCGUCUGCCCAUGCGGCAACAACGGAAAAAUGGAUCGGAGUCGCAACAGGCAGCGGGAUCGGCUGGCACGAACGAGUCGCAACAGCCAGCGAUAUCGGCUGGUGCAAACGAGUCGCAACUGGAAGCGGGAUCGGCCGAUGCGAAUGAGUUGCAGCAGGCAACUGGUGGGUCGUCGUUACACGUUUCAAUUUAG